AUGAACCAGGCAGGAGACGCAGUGCCUGAGCCUGCGCCUUUUGUGGACAAUCCUAGGCUUUGGGAAGGGCUUCCCAGUCAGACCAACAGAUACGAUGAUGUGUUUGCAGGGCCACGGGCUACAAGGACAAUGAUGCCAGGAUCUCGAUCAGCGCUUGCCAACAUUGACGGAGAUGCACGGCCACAGCUUAUCGCGGUUCCUACUGGUUGGACCGAAUAUAUCCAUCCAGCCGAAGGGCAAGUGUCGAAAGUCUACGAAAAAGGCAGCUGUGGGAACCUAAUCGCUGUUUUUAGGCGCCCGUACUACUACAACAGUGAACUUCGUAUUGUGACCGAAACAUACAUACGCCAUCCUAACCAGCUAACAUUUAUUGAAGAGUGGUAUUCUGUGUUUCGAGAGCUACGAAACAGAGUUCUCCCCAGUGCAACUAACUUUGAUGUGUUUCUGGAUUGUGAUGGGCGGAAUACGUGUCGCUACUACAUGAUUGACCAUGCAAACCGAACAAUCUGCUGGCUUCGUCAGCGCCAAACAUCUGACAUAGGAAUUGCCGAUGUUCGCAGUGUUCUGGGUCUUCGUGCUCUCUUAUUCGAAGAAUAUUGGACGCACCUUGAGUACGUACCAAAAAAUGAGAAUCACCUUGGUGCCGUACGUUCCGAACUUCAAGGUGCCUUGGCUUCGUGCCUAUUGGAUCAUAUGACAUCUGAAGGCUCCACCAGCCCUUUUACCAAGACCGAAUGCAAAAGCUACUUGUUUGCUCUAAAUCAAGCAGCCGAAUCCGGACACAUGCUCUACCUAAAUUGGUCGAUUGCCCGGAUUAUGGGUUUACUAGUGCACAGUCGAAAUGUGAACUUAUACGGGCAGUAUGGGGCACGGCUUGACAGAACCGCCACCGUGGAAGGGAGAAGGCAUCCUCCGCGAUCGGAAGGAUAUAUGUAUAAGAAUGUGCUUCUUGGUGGUGGCCCGGUCAUUCACUUGAACCGCCUCGAGAACCUAUGGGUAGAUCGAAUUAUUUAUACCCAUCAUUGGCGCGGCCUGCUCAAUGACCUGAUUGAGGAGUGGUCUAUGGCUGUAGCUGGGGCUGGAGUGAUGUGGGCAUCUAACAUGGUUUUUGUCGCUUCCCCGAGCGUGGACAUAAUCACCAAAACCAUUUGUGGAAUCUCUGCGAUAGCCGCAGGAGCCACCGGCGUGUUUACUUUGCAUAUGAUACGAGAGCACCGCUCCCUUGGUAAAUAUGCUGCUCAUGCGGCUAACUACUUCCAACUUUAUGAAAGCCAUGCCACUGGCUUGCAAGGUCUAUCUAUCAAAUAUAGCGUACCAUGGGCGGGCGUCGUUUGGUCAUUCGGCGUGACUUGUGUUACUUUGGUUUUCUACUUGUUCUCUUCGUUCUUGGUGCUAGCAGGAGCACACCUUCACGUUCUAGUGACUGCGUUCCUGGUGACUGGUGCCUACGUAUAUGCACGAGGCGUGAGCCCUUUCAUGCAUGACAUACGUAGGGUUGCACAUCGCAUUGGAAUCAUCAAUGCUCCCCCAGCACCAGCAACUCCGGUAGCUCGUUCGUUUCCUGGAGGCGAUUCGGUUGAUGCUCUUGUACUACCGCCCCCUGACUAUGAGCCCAGAAGAGAUUAA